CAGCACUGCAGCUAAUUGGCUCCAUCAAACAGGGAGGAGGAGGGCAGAGGAAUCUUAUGAAUGAAACCCAGUCUGGUGACGUCAAUGGGGACCUGCUUGACGCAUGAGUCACGUGGUGGUGGAGGAUGGAGGUAUAAGAGCAGCGUCGCUGUCCGUGGUCCUGAAACCAGACAGAGGAGCAGAGGAGCGACACUUUAACAUAACAACAUAAUAAUAAUAAAAACAACAACGUUAUUAAAGGUGUGCAGGCUGCAGACUCUGUGCAUGACAGCAGGGACUUCCAGCAGCUGUGAGUGUGACGUGAGGAGGAGGGGAAGCUGGAAUCUCCCACUGAACUGCAAGCAUUUCUGAUCCCCCUCGCCGCUCACAGCGGACCCUGUUCUGAGUGACCAUGAUUGGGUACCACGAUGCCUCAAGUGCCCUUACCCUCCUGGUCCUCCUGACGGGGGCUUCCUUCCUCCAUCCGUCCAACCCCAACCCCAUCAACACCCCUGGAGAUGUUGAUAACCCACACAGAGAUGCUCCUCGUGGAAGGGACGAGGAGAGACGAUCGAUACCGAAAGAAGAGGCAGAGGAGGAAGAAGAGGAGCUCUUUAAAGACGUAGAUCCCAAAACAUUAGCGGCAGUUUUACUGGAGGCACUGAAUCACUCGCAGUCAGAGAAAAGAAGGAAGGGAGGGGAGCGCGAUGGGAUGGAAGAAGAAGAAAUGAAGGCUGAGAUUGGGGAGGUUAGAAAAGAAGAAGCUUACAGAGAAGUGAGAACGAUGGAGGGAGCAGACAGAGACAGAGAUGGACGACAGGAGUUAGAGCUACUGAUGGCCGCACAGGGGAAGGAGCGGGAAAGACAGGAGGAAGAGGAGAGGAAGAAAGCUCAUGAGGAAGAGGAGAAGAUGACAGAAAAGGUGACCAGUCGUACCACAAGUCAGAUGGUCCAGGUCCAAGCAGAGCAGCAGCCCGCUAGUCUAGAUGGAAGAGGGGAGAACGGGCAGGGUGCGCCCCCCCAGCAGGGCAGCAACGAGGAGGAGGAGCAGCUCAGCCCCGAGGAGCUGAAGAACCUCGAGACCAUGAUGAAGGAGUUUCCUCGUUUGAACACGGCCACGAAGAGGGAGGGAGAUUCAGAACAAAACCAGAGAGAGAGCAGAGGGUACAGCAGCUACAAUGACAUCAUACCAAUGAACAAAGGCAACGACCUCGCCAUGUCAAAAAAGAAACUGAAAUGGCAAGAGGAGACACAGAAGGGCAUGAACUUCCCAACAUUCAGGGGAGGCAAUUUCAUGGACGACUUUGCGGACAAUAAUUAUGCGGGCGGUAACGCUGCAACACAGUCGCAGCUUCCGGCAGAGCAGGAGGUGAUGGAAGAUGACGAACCAGAGGAGGAGGAGGAAGAGGAAGACGAGGAGGUGUUGAGUCCCGAGGAAGAGGAGGUUCGGGCUAAAGCAGAGCAAGAGGAGAUGAGGAGGCAGGCGGCCGAGGCGCAGAGAGCCAAGAUGGAGGAGGAGAAGUUGGCCGACAUCGCCUCAGACAUGCUGCUGCGCUACAUGGUCAAACAGAACAAUGGGAACAAGAAGUACGGCUCGUCUCUGUCCAACGCCGCGGAGGACAAGAGGUCCGACGAGGAACAGGAAGUGACGGAGGAGGACGAUAUCGAUCCCCAGACCAUCGACAAGCUGAUCGAGAUCUCCAACAAGCUCCACCUCCCCGCUGACGACGUAGUGGACAUCAUCAGCGACGUGGAAAAGAAGAAGAAGAAAGACAUGCCGCCUGAGAUGGCAUCUCGUUGGCAGCGACCCCCGACUCCGCUGUCUUCUUCGUUCUCGUCAAACAACGAUUUCUCGGCUCCGCAGAUUCCCACCAAUCAAAACAGCUUCCCCGUCUCCUCUAAGCAACCCUCUCCGGCUGUCAAUCUCCUCAAGACGUGGUUGCAGGAGCAAUCGCAAACAAAAUCGCAAGAUCUCUGGAGCAAACCCGCAAAGCCUCUGAUGGCCAAUCAAAAUCGUUGGCCCAAACCUCAGAAGCCUCUGUCAAUGAAACAGGACUUCUGGCUCAAAUCGCCCAAACCUGUUUGGAAUGGUUACCCUAUGUACCCUUACACAUACCCAUCCUACUACCAGAGGAAGCAGUACCCAGACUACUACCCCAUCUAUUAUCCUCCUCCCCCCAGACCCAAACCCCGUUACUACGUCCCCAAACCUGCUCUCGCCCUCAACAACUACCUGGGAAACUCCAUGGAUGACGCCUACUCCUUCCCUCCCAAUCGCCGCUACCACAGCUGGGUCCAGCCUCGGCUGAGAACCCCCCCUGUGGGCCUCCGGCAGAGGCCUUACUACCCCAGCUACCGGUAUCAGCCGGUGCCCAUCCCCAAACCACGUUCACCUCCCCGAAUGCCCGCGAUCCCUCCUCGACAGAAGUUUUACUACUCCGCCCCGGCGGCACCUGCAGCGACGAGAAAUGAAGAUUAUUAUGGAAAGCAGCCAGACAACAGCAACCGCGAUGAUCUGGAGAAAUACAUACAGCAGAUACUCAUGAAGAGACCACUGUUGGACUGAAAGGGGGAUGAGAGGAGAGCGAGAAUAGGGGGAAUGGAAACGAGGAGAGAUAGAUUUCUUUAUGAUUUUAUUUUGCUGGUAUUUGGUUUUGUAUUACAUAUGUAACAAGUUCCUUUCUCCUAAUUUGGUUGUGAUUUGGACACGGACAUUAAGGAGGACUUUUUUCUUUACCAGAGGUAAUCUGGAUAACUUUGGUAGAAAGAUGAAAGAGAAGAUACACCUCUACACGCCUCCUCUUUGGGAAGGAGGGGAUGAAUGUGGUCUGUUGGAAAGCAUGACGCGGCAAAGAUUUGUAUCAUGCUAGAACUUUUCAUCCAAACUCCCGGCAUGACAACAUUCUCCAUUUGGACAUUUUACAAUGCCAACAAAGGAGGACGCUUACAUAUGUUGUUUACCUGUACCUUUAAAAAGAAAAUGUUUUCAGAGAGUCGGAUAGGCAGUGAUGGAUGCUGGGAAAUGUUUGAUAGCUGAUGGAAUUUUACUGUCUAAACACAAAGGAGAACAUUUGUGUAAUUAUCUCAGGCAGGAAAAUUAAAAAAUAUAUAUUUCAUAGACAUUAAUCUUUAUGAAAUUACCUACACUAAAUGGCCAAAAGUAUGUGGACGCCAGACAUUCCUGUAGACACAAGCAUUAGUCCAACACUCAUGUUGUUCCAGUUCAUCCCACAGGUAUUGGAUGUGGUGAGUUCAGGGAGCGCAGGUCAGUCAAGUUCUUCCACACUCAACUGGGAAAACCAAUUCUACAUUGAGCUGACUUUGUGCAUGGGGACCAUAGAAAUAGAAUAGGAGUAGAAUGGACGUUCCCAUUUAAAUCAAUGUAGCCUACCGUUGCCAUUGACCGUUGUAGCCAAGCCCCCAGGAAGAGCGCUGGUCGUUGAUGCCAAUUUUCUUAGUGGUCAAACGGCGGUACUACAACUUCCGUGUCCGUCACGCGAUGCCAUUGGGCCCAAAAAGAUGGUUACACAUCUCUAACCCGGCAAGGCAACGUAAAUUAACUGCUCAGUGCAUCCGAAAAGAUAGUGUUUAUGUUGAACAAUACUACACUUAUUGAGUAUAGGGAUGCACCGAUACCACUUUUUUUCAGACCAAGUACAAGUACAAGUACUUACAUUUGGGUACUCGCCGAUACUGAGUACCGAUCCGAGUUCUUCUCUGAUGUGUGUUCUGUUGUCACCAUAACAACUAACAACAAUCAUUUUCUUUUGUACUAGUCAAACAAUAUGUCCGUUCUACUCCUAUUAUUAUUCUAUGAUGGGGACAUUGUCAUGUUGAAACAGGAAUCUCACUAUUAUCAAAAAUAUCAUUGUAUGCAGGAGCUAUAAAAUUUCCCUUCACUGGAACUAAAGAGGAAAAACAUCCCCAGACCCAGAGUGUCUAUAUACUUUUGGCCACACAGCGUAUCAACACCUAUCAUCUCUUAGAGAUGAAAUCAAAACCAUAACAUAAUCUUGCAAUGGCCUCCUGCCGAAAGCCAUUCACUAUCUCAUAUCUUUAAAAAUGAAUACAUUUUUAUGCAAAUGUAUCAUUUUGUUUUUGUGUGUGUUAUUUGUAUAAAAAUGCAGCAAAACACAUUUCAGCAGAGCAGCAACCUUCUCAUUACGUAUAUACUCACACAUACCCUCACACCGAAGAAGCUCUUUAUAAUGAAAUAUAAUGCACCAAAAAAGAAAAAGCGUAUUUCAUACAAAAGGGGCUGUGGAAGCCACACUAACACCACUAUAAUGGCUCGGAUGACUCACCCUUUUGCAUAACUUCAAUUACCUUGUUGCUAUGGUGCCAAACCCUGGCCAAACUCUAUAUGGCAUUCCUUUUGACGCCUUCAGAGGAGAAUGCAGUGGUGGAGGCAUAUACUGCUCUUUUACUAAACACAUUUUAAAGGGUAAGGCUGGUGCUAUUCUAUAUUUUUAUUCUAUAUCACCAAAUGUGUUGAAUACUUUCUGGAUCCCUAACCCUGUCUGCAGUUUAGUGCUAUAUAAAUACUGUGAAAGUAUCGAAGUGCUCAAUAUACAGAGAAAUACACACAGCCCGUAUUCAGAA